AAAAUCUCCUUCGUUUUCCCUGAAAGCAGCCACGGCUGGUCUGAAAGUCAUCGCGUGGCGCCGCGUUUGCUCACGAGCUGCGUGGCGAUGCUCAAACGCCACAUGUGUUGUUUUUCCAGUGACAGCGCGCCCCUGCCACUCUGCUUUUACAGCGGUUCCCAUCUCUGCGCGGCCGGCAGCAUGUACCUGCGGCGUGUUUUCCGUGCCCCGUGCUGGUGGGGUGCCGGCAUCCCCCAGCCCGUGCCAUGUGCGGCGCUGGGGUUGGUCCGGGGCAGGUGUUCCAGAUCGUGCCUGUAUAAAGCGGUAAUCUUUGACGUAACCGGAGUGCUUCUGCCUGCCCCUUACAAGGUAGCUGCAGACUGGGAGGUCCGGAAUUGUAUUCCAGCUGGCACUGUCCAACAAGCUGUACUCACUGGAGGGGAAAAUAGGCCCUCUCUGAAGUACACCAGAGGAGAGCUGACGACUGUGGAGUUUUUGCAGGAAUUUGGACAGCAGUGCUUUGAGAUUGCAAAUGUCGCUGUUCCAGUGGAUUCCUUUCUCUUGGACUUAAUCAGAAAGGAGAUGAUAAAACAGCUCCCUAUAAUGGCAGAAGCAGUACGGUGUAUCCGUGCAGAAGGUCUUAAGACAGCUGUUCUAAGCAACAACUUCUGUCUGCUGAACGGACAGAGCUUUCUGCCCCUAGACCGAAAGCAGUUUGAUGUGAUAGUUGAAUCUUGCCGCGAAGGAAUGUACGAGCCAGACCCUCGUAUCUACAAGCUCUGCUUGGAGCGCUUGGGAGUUCAGCCCCAGGAAUCCAUCUUCCUCGAUGACGUCAGCCAGAACCUCAAGGCAGCAGCUCAGCUUGGCAUUAAAACAGUGAAGGUUGAUGAUACAGAAGUAGCUCUCAAAGAGCUGGAAACCUAUCUGGGUUUUCCUUUGCAAGGGUUUGUUCCGUAUACUCGUUCAGUGAGACCAACCAUGGAGAUCCAAAAAAAUCAUCUCCAAAAGUACCUUGAAAAUGUCCUCAGUGGCCAGGCAACAGGUCCAUUGAUGUUACGGCAGUUUGGCCACAGACAGCCUGCUCUGACCUACUAUGUCAAGUUUGGAGAUCGCUCGCUAGUGCUGAAGAAAGAGUCCUCUGACGAUGUGCUUCCCUCAGGCCCUGCUGUUGCAAGGGAGUACAGGGUGCUGAAGGCUCUCUCUGAGGCCGGUGUUCCUGUUCCCACUGUACUUGCUCUCUGUGAGGACAGAAGCACCCUUGGCACACCUUUCUACCUGAUGGAGCACUGUGCUGGCCAAGUCUACAGGGACAUCUCCCUCCCCGGGCUGCAGCCUAGCCAGCGGAGGGCUACUUAUGCUGCCAUGUGUCAGGUCCUCUCCAAGAUCCACAGCGUAGACCUCAGAGCAGCCAAGCUGGAGGACUAUGGGGAGCAUGGUAAUUACAUUCAGUGGCAAGUUCAGACCUGGACAAAACAGUAUCGAGCUAUGGAAACUCAUGUUAUCCCAGCUAUGGAGAGACUCAUUGAGUGGCUGCCUCUGCAUUUCCCUGAAUCCCAGAAGACAACAGUAGUGCAUGGUGAUUUCAGGCUGGAUAACCUGGUUUUUCAUCCAGAGAGGCCAGAAGUCCUUGCUGUCCUUGGCUGGAAGUUUUCAACUCUAGGAGAUCCCAUCUCUGAUGUGGCAAAUAACUGCAUGGCCUUCCUCCUGCCACCUCACUUUGAUACAGUGAGAGGCUUGGGGAAGAGCGAUCUGGGGCAGCUGGGAGUCCCCACAGCAGAGGAAUAUUCUCAGAUGUACUGGAGCCACAUGGGAGUGGAGCGCCCCGAGAACUGGAAUUUCUACAUGGCCUUUGUCUUUUUCCGACGGGCUGUGAUGCUGCAGGGACUCCACAAACGCUCUCUGACAGACCGUGCGAGGCCAGCCCCAAGCGAAAGCAGCCGGGAGCAUGCAGAGUUCGUGGCUGAUCUGGCAUGGGAUUUUGCUAUAAAAGAAGGAUUCCAUGUGUUUAACAGCCUUCCCACCACGAAGCCUUUCAUACGACCUUACAGUACACGGACCAGGCUUGGGCCGUUCCUCAGCAGGAGCUAUGUUACCCAGCCACAUCCUGGGGCAGUUCAUGCACCCAACAUCCCUCUGAUCAUUUCCCCUACCAGCCUGUUGGGGACAGCCCAGGGUCUUUACUGCAAGCUGGAAAGGGUCAUAGCUGUCCAGUGGGGUUGCCAGACUUCCCAGCCCAGAUGGACUCCACGUUCUCUUCUUGAAAAACCUAAGCAGGCAGAGCGUGCCAUGACCAAAGCAGCAGCUCCAGCGAUGGCUGUAUGGGCCAUGGAUCAGGCUAACCAGGUCUCUGGAGCAGAGCAUCUCAGUGGUGCUGAUCCCCAGCAUGGUGCUUUGGUUGGGCCUUGGCCCUGCGUCUGCCUGAAGGUCCCAUGUGCUUCACAGGGCAGUGCUCGCUAAACUGGAGCUGAGCUGCUAGCCGCGGCACUGGGCAGCCUCAGACAUGAGGCUAAAGCCACCGCCCUGGCAUGGGAGAGGUCGUGCUAACUGCAGCCCAGGAGCUUCUGAAUUUCAGUGGUGUUUGCUGUUAUCUGGUAUCUAGUUUCAGUGCCUUUAUUGCCAGGCUCAUUAAUGGUGGGGCAGAAUCCGUCCCUGGACCGUGAGGCUGCAGUCAUUCAACACCGGCCUUGCAAGGGGGAGAGCAGAUCAGGAAUGACAGGGUUGGGGUGCAAGCCUUGAUUUUGGGGGUAAAGAGAAUAGAGCAAGGCAUCUCUUCUCACUCAGCACAACACUUCUUGCCACCUGCAGCCGCUAAAAAGGCUCUAGCCAGCGGCAGGAGGAGUCGAAUCAGGCCAUCGAGGGCUCUGGCUUCAGGGGAGACUCUGAAGCUGAGGCAGUGCCUAACUCCCUGGGGCUGGAAAGAACUCGGAAGACCCCAUGGCCCCAUGACUGCAGUGGAUAUGUCUGGGUUUUGUUGGGGACCAGGGACAAUGUGGCCCAGAUCAACAGAGGCUUUCAGUGCUUCACAGAGACCAGCAGCAGAAACAGAAUCAUGGGCAUGAUUGUCGUAAUUCCUAGGCUCUUUAUUUGUAAUCUGGUAUUAACUCACUAUUAAA